AUGGUGGUGGCUCUGCGCGAACAGGCGCCCAAAAAGUCGCGCCUCUCGCUGUUUCGUCUGGGCAAGUCAACCAAGUCCACCGCACCUCGGCAAGACGCCUCUACGCCGCGCUCGUUCCCGGACGCACCUUCCGUCCCACGCACAUCCCAAAGCGAUGGCGCGCGGUCGGCACGUCAGACUGCAAGCGAAGGUGCGGCGCCCGUGAUUGCGGUGCACUACCAGUACCCGACGUCGACCAACCUGCCAGGCGGGUACGAUUGGCCUGCUACGCUCGAGAGUGAUGUGGACGAUCGCCGACGCACGCGGGCCGACUCGCUGCCGAUGCAGACCAUGUUUGCGCAGCGAGAGGCGCGCACGGGAAAGCACUCGCGCCAACGAUCGCACUUUAGCAUCCCGGAUGUGAUUGUGACGUCGUGCGAUGAUGACGAGCAGCAUGUCGUCGAGCUGCAUGUGCCGCCCAACAAACGACGCAGCUAUGUCCUGCGCGACACCGACGCUCCCCCGCGCAACAAACCCAGUGGCCCACACCCGCGCCGACCCGAACCGCUCAUCCGCUUCGACUCGGACGAGAUGCGUGGUAUGACGCGCACCUCCUCCGUACCCAGCCUCACCUCGCCUGUCGCCGAAAGCAAUGCGUCGACCCCGACGUCGUCGGCCAGCUCGAGUCUGUCCAAGGGAUCCGGGAAACGCAUGCGCAAGGCAUCCUUCCCGUCGCUCUUCAGUCGCAAGAGCCUCGAUUCGUCGCGCGUCGAAGAACCCUUGCCCCUCACCCCCGUCACGCCCAGCUCGGCACCCGCUGCACCCGGUGCGUUCGAUAGACGUCAACCCGACGGUUUGCUUUUCUCGGCCCACUCGGGUGCAACCCCGCUGCCCUCUCCGCCUGCAACGCCUACAUCGCCACUGCCAAAGCUGAGCAAAAAGGAGCUCAAGGCGCGGCAGAAGCACGAGCUCGCACUCAUUCGUCAAGUCGAACGUGUCGAUAGGCUCGUCAAGCAACACGAUUCAAAGGCACGCAAGGCGCAGGAGAAACACGAGGCGAAGCAGCGCAAGCGCCAAGAGAAGCUCGCGCACGCCAAUGCCGAGUUCCACCCAGCACCAGCAGCAACUCCGGCUACAGCGGGCAGGACGAUCUUUCAGGCAGCAACGCGCGCGGCUCCUGGGCUGGGGCGGAGGAGCAGUGCGAGAGGGUUUGCAGCUGAGAGACGCGGGUCGGAACCCACGAUCCCCACGGCGAGCGUAGAGCCACGCGCUGCAGCGACGCCGUUCAGCAUGGAUUUGCCGUCGGCUGCGAGGAUGCCGUUUGCCGAGCCUAGGGCUGCACCCAAGCCAGCAUUCGCGGCGGCGUACAAGCCGCUCAAGGCGCCGCUGGGCAUGGUGCCGACAGGACAGAGUGUGUCGCCCCCCAGACCCCUGCGUCCUGCUCCACCCCCGCCGGCGCCGGUGCAAGACGAGCCGCGACACCGACAGGCAAGCUGGGACGAUCUGGCAUUUGCCGCGCCGCUGCCGAGCUUGAUCCCUGCAUCGACCGAGGUCAUCAGCGCAGGCGGGGAGGAGACGGACAGUGUGGUGGAGCUCGACGAGGCGGCGCGGCGCGCACGGCGCGCGAGCGUACAGCGCGUACUGGCACUAUCCGACGAGGGUGGGCGACUGCACAAGCGCAAUUCGCUGCGCAAGCGCACCUCGAUCCAGACACUCAAGCGACGCUCCGAGGACGACUUUGCCAAGGUGGACAAGCGCAGUAGCCUCAUCCCGCGCGUGGGUGCCGACGAGGGCUGGAUCCUCGAAGAUGCUGCUGCCGACGAUAGCACGGCUGUUCAGGUGGAUGCACGCGAGUGGAUCGAAGACGACCGCGACUCGCACGGCCUGCUUCAGCACCAAGGCGAGGUCGACCGAGUCUUGGCCGACCUCCAUGCUGCCCAGGAGGAUCAUUUGCGCCGACGGGAGGCGACAUCCCGAGUGGCAGAUUCGCCUCCAAGACCCACAAGGUCCACACGCAGACAGGAACCGCGCAGCGAGUCGAUCGAUUCCUCCGACUCGUCCGGUACUGCCAUCACCACUGAAAGCGCAUCCAAAGACAUCGUCUGCUUCUCCAGACCCUUUUCACCCCACGCCUUGGAGACCGACAAGGAGAACGCGGGCGAUACUGCCUUCAAACUCGAACUCGCCCUCUCCCCGCUACAGCCCCUCGACAUUUUCACCACAAGCGCGCAUGUCUAG